AUGAGUGAUAAAGAAACGUCUAGAAACGGAGGUGUAGACGAUGAGUUGUCACUUCCAAAAGCGACUGUUACAAAGAUUAUUACAGAAAUGCUUCCACCUGAUAUUGCUUGUGCUAAAGACACCCGUGAUUUGUUAAUAGAUUGUUGUGUUGAAUUUAUUCAAUUGAUUGCUUCAGAAGCAAAUAGUAUUUGUGAAAAUGAAGCAAAGAAAACGAUUGCAGCUGAACAUGUUUUUUCUGCGCUUCAAAAAUUGGGGUUUGAAAAUUAUCUUACUGAAGUACAAGAAGUAUUUAAAGAACAUAAAAGGCUUCAAAAGGAUCGAGACAAGAAAAGCUCCAGAUUAGAAAAUUCUGGCAUGACCGAAGAAGAAUUAUUAAAACAGCAAGAAGAUUUAUUUGAGCAAUCACAAAUUUCUAAUAUUCAAUUAAGAAGUUUAACAACUGAAAAUAAAGAGAUUACAACAUCAAAGGCUAGGAUAACGAAAAAAUAUGUUUUAUCAACUGUUGAUAAAGUGAUUAAUUGGGCUCGUCAGGGAUCAAUCUGGCCAAUGACGUUUGGUUUGGCAUGUUGCGCUGUUGAAAUGAUGCAUAUGGCAGCAUCAAGGUACGAUCAAGAUCGUAUUGGUAUUGUUUUUCGUGCAUCACCGAGACAAUCUGAUGUUAUGAUUGUAGCUGGUACUUUAACAAACAAAAUGGCACCUGCGCUAAGAAAAAUGCCUGAGCCUCGUUGGGUAAUUUCUAUGGGUUCAUGUGCAAAUGGAGGAGGAUAUUAUCAUUAUUCUUAUAGUGUUGUUAGAGGAUGUGAUAGGAUAGUUCCUGUAGAUAUAUAUGUUCCAGGAUGUCCACCAACGGCAGAAGCUUUACUAUACGGUGUACUUCAAUUACAAAAAAAGAUGAGAAGAUCUAGAGUUCCAUUUGCAAAAUCCAAAACGAUUCUUUCAACACUCGAAGAAUUUUUAUUUUAUUAUUCAGGAUUAGUAACAGAUAGAGAAUUUGAAAUUGUUGGUAAUUUAUUUAUAGAUUUAACGGAAUAUUCUUCUAGGAUUGAGUAUGCGCAUAUAGAUUUUAAUGGGUUACCUGUUGAGCCCAUAGAUCUUGAUGAAUUUGAUUCACUGAUUUCAUUAUUUUUAGAGUCGCAGAAUUCUUUAAAAGAUCUAACCAUUGCAAUAUUAUGGUCGAAUUCUGCAGCUUCUUUAGUAAUGCAAAGUUUAUCUAGUGAUUUAUUAUCAAACUCUCUAAAAUAUUUAAAGCUUCACCAGCUAUCACAAAAUAGUUAUCAUCAGUUAUUAAAUAUUUUACACCUAUUAAACAAUUUAGAAACUUUACAAAUAAUUGGGUUUUACGAGGAGAAUAUCGAAGAUUUGAAGGAAUUCAGUGAUGAUGAUGACAAAUUAAAACCGAUUAAUUUAAAAAAUUUACAUUAUGAGGGAUCCGGAUCAGAAUAUGACAUAUUUAUUUCAUUACAUCCCAUAAUCAUAAUGUCUAGCUCUAAUUUAAAAACAUUAUCAACCGAUUUCGUUACCACAGAAUUAUUAGAAACAAUUUCGAAAUAUUGUGUAAAGUUAACACAUUUGUCAAUUUCUUUAAUAAUAAAUGAAAUACCCGAGAUAUUAUUCAGUUUAUUUGAUUCACUUAAAAAUUUAAACCAUUUAUCAAUCUAUACAAACUCGGCAGAUGUUCCAUUUACCUCAACCGAAAAUUUAUCAACAUUUUCUAGAAAAAUUCCCAAAACUUUAAAAUAUUUUGGGUUUGAUUUUUUAAUUUCUCCUGAUAUAUUAGAUUUUUUCCUAAAAGAAUGCAGAGCUUCGUUACAAGCAUUAGCUAUUUACAGGAGCGAGAUGGUUAAUGAAGAAUUAUUAAUUGUCAUUGAAAAACAUUUUAAAGAGAAAAAAUCUUUAAAACGAUUAUUAAUAGAUCCUCUUGAUUGUGAUUUCCAAAUGAAUAAAUACGAAAUACCAAUCAUUUCACGCACAAUCGAUCCUUGUUAUCCUUUCAGCGGACCUUCCACAAAAGAAUAUGAAAACAAAUGGGAUAAAGAUAUUUUUGUUGAUUUCGAUAAUGAAUUAUGA